CUCCAAAAGUUUUUUCUCCAUUUAUACCCCCUAUGGUAUAAUACCCUGGGUACUUGGCUUUCGCCUCCCUCAAAUCUCCAUGAGAAUCAGCAGCAUCCCCAAAAUGGGAAUCCGCGCGCCUUACUGACCUCUUUCUCUCUCUUACAUGGCCGCAAGGCCCUCGGCCUCCUCCAUUUUCCACCGCUUAAAUCGAUUCUCCUCUUCCUUUCUCUCUCCUCCGCAUUCCACACAUUUCCCCUCUCCUCCGCAUUCCGGCCAUUGUCACUUUUCCGGCGGUGGUCGCCAUAAUAAAAUAAAGUGUGCAGUCGGAGUCCCUCCUCUCCCCCUCUGUCCUAACCCUAAACCUAAAGAACACAACAACAACAACGUUCAUUUGAGGCCUGAAAAUCUGGCUCAAAAGAUCGGGAAAUCGAUAAGGAGGCCAGGCGCCACCUCCAAAGCUAGGGUUUAUGCCGAUGUUAAUGUGUUGAGACCCAAAGAGUAUUGGGACUAUGAGUCCCUCACUGUUCAAUGGGGGGAGCAGGAUGAUUAUGAGGUCGUUCGCAAAGUGGGAAGGGGAAAAUACAGUGAGGUCUUCGAAGGAGUCCACUGUACAAACAAUGAGCGCUGCAUAAUCAAGAUUCUUAAGCCUGUGAAGAAGAAGAAGAUCAAGAGGGAGAUAAAGAUUUUGCAAAAUCUUUGUGGUGGGCCAAACGUUGUGAAAUUGCUUGAUAUUGUUAGAGAUCAGCAAUCAAAGACACCGAGUUUAAUAUUUGAAUGUGUCAACAACACUGAUUUCAAAGUUCUUUAUCCCACUCUAACAGAUUAUGAUACAAGAUACUACAUCUAUGAGCUGCUAAAGGCAUUAGACUAUUGUCACUCUCAAGGAAUAAUGCAUCGGGAUGUGAAGCCCCACAAUGUCAUGAUUGAUCAUGAACAGCGUAAGCUUCGUCUUAUUGAUUGGGGCCUUGCAGAGUUUUAUCAUCCAGGAAAAGAAUAUAAUGUACGGGUUGCUUCAAGAUACUUCAAGGGCCCAGAGCUUCUAGUUGAUUUACAAGAUUAUGAUUAUUCUCUGGAUCUUUGGAGCCUUGGCUGUAUGUUUGCAGGAAUGAUAUUCCGUAAGGAGCCAUUCUUCUAUGGGCAUGACAAUUAUGAUCAGCUAGUCAAAAUAGCAAAGGUACUCGGCACUGAUGAAUUGAAUUCAUAUCUUAGCAAAUAUCGCCUGGAGCUGGAUCCACACCUUGAAGCCCUCGUUGGGAGGCACAGCAGGAAAGCAUGGACGAAAUUCACUAAUACAGACAAUCAACACUUGGCAAAUCCUGAGGCUAUUGACUUUUUGGAUAAGUUGCUUCGUUAUGACCACCAAGAAAGGCCGACUGCAAAAGAAGCAAUGGCUCAUCCCUAUUUCUAUCCAAUAAGGAAUGCUGAGAACAACAGAAAUCGCACCCAGUAAAUGAACGGCAUUGCAGCAUUCUUCUUGCCUGUUUAAUUUGUUUGUGUAAUAUCUACACAAACUUGUUUGUUGUUUAAUGAAUAUGGGUUUUUUACCCAUGAAGUGGGAAAUUUAGUGUUCUUUGUGGAUCAAUUUUCUUUAUUGUUGUGUAAUUGCAUUUUGAGAUGAUUGAUUUAACUAUUAUCCAAAUGCGCCUUUGACAGCCUUUGUGUUA